CACACUUCGCCCUACAUCGUCACGGACGCAUCACUAUCGCUAAUUCUUCGCUUCGCUUCGCCCAUUUAUAAUUCAGCAAAUACGUCAAUUACCGAGCCAGCGCACGGAAAAGCCUCAAGCUGGCGGAGAAAAAGGUCCAGAUGGCCCUGUGCCAGACGUCGGUGCUGAAGGUGUACCAUGCCGUGAUUGAGGACGUCAUCACAAAUGUGCGGGACGCGUUCCUGGACGACGGGGUCGACGAGCAGGUGUUGCAGGAGAUGAAGCAGAUCUGGCGCAACAAGCUGCUGGCCAGUAAGGCCGUCGAGCUGAGCCCCGACUCCAGCGAUGGCUCCCACCCACCGCCCAUCGUGGCCAACAAUCCAAAGAGCACCAAGGCAGCGAAUGCCAAGGCCAAAAAGGCCGCAGCCGCCUCUGCGGCCACAUCACAACCACAGAUCGGCGGCAGCAGCUCCGCAGCCUCGCUGGCGGCGUUAAAGUCACCUGCUGGCAUGGCCACAGGCAGCGGAAUCAAGAACGGACUAGUGCCCAUCAAGCAGGAAGUCAACUCACAGAAUCCACCGCCACUGCAUCCCACCUCAGGGGCAGCGAUGAUGCAGAAACAGCAGCAGGCGGCGAGCAGUGGACAGGGAUCCAUUCCAAUUGUGGCCACGUUGGAUCCCAACCGCAUUAUGCCCGUCAACAUCACGCUGCCAUCGCCAGCCGGCUCGGCCAGUUCGGAAUCUCGAGUGCUUACCAUUCAAGUGCCUGCCUCGGCGCUGCAAGAGAAUCAGCUGACCCAGAUACUGACGGCCCACCUGAUUUCGUCCAUCAUGUCCUUGCCCACCACUUUGGCCUCGUCCGUGCUGCAGCAGCACGUCAAUGCAGCUCUGAGCAACGCCAAUCACCAGAAAAAUCUUGCCGCCUCCAAGCAAUUGGAUGGCGCCCUGGACUCCUCCGAUGAGGAUGAAAGCGAGGAGAGCGAUGACAACAUCGAUAAUGAUGACGAUGAUGAUCUAGACAAAGAUGACGAUGAGGAUGUGGAGCAUGAAGAUGCCGCCGAGGAGGAGCCGCUGAACAGCGAAGACGAUGUCACCGACGAAGACUCUGCCGAGAUGUUCGAUACAGACAAUGUAAUUGUUUGUCAGUAUGAUAAGAUCACCAGGUCGCGAAACAAAUGGAAAUUCUAUCUCAAAGAUGGUAUCAUGAACAUGCGGGGAAAGGACUACGUGUUCCAGAAGUCGAAUGGAGACGCCGAGUGGUAGUGACAGCUGAGCAAAGAGCGGCGGCAGUGUGAAUAUAUUUACAAAAGACAUCAAACAAAGAGCCUCAUCGAAUGCGCCUUCAGCCUUGGACAUUAGCUAACCAGACAGGACGCUGCCCCCCUUAAAACAUGACCAAGCAACAGCCUGUGCAGGAAAGCCAAGUACUCGGGCCGACACUAUCUUAUUUUAGUUCCAUCUGUUUCGUAUUACGCUAGUUAAAGAGUGUGUUGCAAUUAACCAUCUCAAUUAAAUGUAUUAAAUAGAG